AUGGUGCUGCUGGUGGUGCAGCUUGCUGUGGUUACAGGACUGCUGAGACUCCGAGUGGUUUUACCCUGCUCAGUGCAAGAGUAUCAAGUUGGGCAGCUGUAUUCUGUGGCAGAAGCUAGCAAAAAUGAAACAGGAGGUGGCGAAGGAAUUCAAGUCUUAAAAAAUGAGCCUUAUGAAAAGGAUGGUGAGAAGGGACAAUACACCCACAAAAUCUAUCAUUUAAAGAGUAAAGUCCCUGGGUUUGUGAGGAUGUUUGCUCCAGAAGGCUCCCUGGUGUUCCAUGAGAAGGCCUGGAAUGCGUAUCCCUACUGUAGAACAAUUGUGACGAAUGAAUACAUGAAAGAUGACUUCUUCAUAAAAAUUGAGACCUGGCAUAAACCAGAUUUGGGGACAGCAGAGAACGUGCACAAUUUAGACCCAAACACGUGGAAGAGUGUUGAAGUUGUCCAUAUUGACAUUGCAGAUAGAACCCAAGUAGAACCAGGAGACUACAAAGCUGAUGAAGACCCUGCAUUAUUUCAGUCCGUUAAGACGAAGAGAGGACCUUUGGGGCCAAAUUGGAAGAAGGAGCUAGCAACUGAUGAAGAGUGUCCUAAAAUGUGUGCUUACAAGUUGGUGACUAUCAAAUUUAAAUGGUGGGGACUGCAGAACAAAGUUGAAAACUUUAUACAAAAGCAAGAAAAAAGGAUAUUUACCAACUUCCAUCGCCAGUUGUUCUGUUGGAUUGACAAGUGGAUUGAUCUGACUAUGGAAGACAUCAGGAGAAUGGAGGACGAAACCCAGAAGGAGCUGGAAGCGAUGCGUAAGAAGGGUUCCGUUCGAGGCACUUUGGCUGCUGACGUCUAGAGGAGUUCUCUGUAGGUUCUGAGGCAAAUCAAGCUGUCUACGUAAUCAAGGCCAAGUCAGAGGAACCAGUGCUGCCCAUGAUGAGUGAUGGUGGAUGAGCCGUUGUCACGUGCAGCGCUGAUACACAGACGUGUGUGUGGAUGCAUGAUUAUUUGUAUAUAAUUAUAUAUACGCACAUGCAUACUGAAAGGGGUUGUGACAGUGUCUCCAGGGUACUAUACCUGUCCUCAGCAAAGAUUCAAAGGAAACUGCUUUCAUUAUGUAUACCCGAAGCAAAUAAAAAUCAACUGAGUAGUGUCAUUUAAAGGAUGAAUUAACUGCGGAAUUAUGCUAACUGGUAUGUUUCAUGAAUGUCAAUACUGGACCAAUUUAUUCCCUACUUGUUUUUUCUCCUGUCUUGAGUCACUCUGUUAUAACUGGCCCAUUUGUAAAAGGAACAGAUUCAAAUAAGUUAAUUGCAGUUUUGUGUCUUCCCUAUGUGAUUAUUUUUGGAAUAGGAACAAUGAAUGUAUUUAUAGCUAUUUAUUUCUGGAUUGUCAUUAGCCUAUAGUCAAAUCAGAAAAAAAAUUAUAUUAGUGGAAAUUGGAAGACUUUUACUGUUGAAAAAGUUUAGCCCAAACUUUAUACCCAUUCACUGAUUUAAAAGGAAAAAAAUCAUGUUUUAUUGGACUUUUGUACAUUGAAUUGCUAAUGUUUUUUCUUCAUUAAAAUUGGCAAGAUUAAGGAAAAA